AUAAAUGAAUUUUAGCUUUAAAUGUAUAAUCUAUAUUAAAUGAACUGAAAGCGUAUGUUUGUUUAACCUAUUAUUUGACUGACCAUUGCUUUCUAUUUCAAAGCGUAGCUCUACGAUUUUACAAUACGUGUUAGAUGUACAUGCGUAACAUAUAACAACAAUUGUAAUAUGUCCAAGCGUACAAUACUACUACACGCGAAAGAUGUCAAAGCGUACGAUGUUUCUUUACGUGUUAGAUGCCCAAACGUACGACUUAACUAUAUGUCGUAGAUGUCCAAGCGUUUAAUGUUACUAUGCGUGUAAGACGUCGAAGCGCACGGUGAAACUAUACGUGUUAGAUGCGUUUUUAAUCUGUUAGAUCGGUUUCGCGACCCCUUCAUACAUCACUUGAGUAGCUAUAGCUACGUUCAAAUCACUUGAAACAGAAUAACAUGGAUACACUGUUAUAAGGCGAACGACUCGAUAUUUAUAUGUAAACCAGCAUCAUCCCAUCUGGGCAGUUGUCGCUUUUGCCGACUGGUUGUCGCAUCGCGGAAAUAUACUUAGAGAUCAAUUUGGAAAUGUGAUCCCUUUAAUUUUGACGCAAUGAAUACAACUGUAACAUCACCGCUGUCUGUGACAAACAACACAAUUGUCAGCAACGUCUCGGUAACAGAUGGUUCAGUUGAACAAGCGGUCACGAUGGGAACGGGCAUGGAAAUUACCGACAAAAUACACUUUGCUACUAGCGCAAUCAUCGGACCUAUAUUCGUCUUCCUCGGACUCGUCGGCAAUAUAUUAUCCAUACUCGUAUGGCGAAGGCGGAAGAUGCGUUCGUCCACGGGCACGUAUCUGAUAGGCCAGGCCAUAGCGGACAUGGGGCUGCUUGUGUUUUUCUUGCUGACGGACAGUAUUUUUAAGUUCCGGCCCUCCAUCGCGACGUCGUCUGCUUACGGAGCGUUCUACGCGUUCGUUGGCUACCCGAUCUUCUUUAUGUUUCUGGUUUGCAGCAUCUGGUUCACCGUCGGCGUCACUGUGGACCGCUACAUACAGGUGUGCUGGAUUAACAAGGCUAAGGAAAUGUGCAGCGAGAAAAGGGCUUGGAUAGGUCUCGGUCUAAUAACCCUCCUGUGUUUCUUUGUCAAUACGCCGCACUUCGCUACGUACGAACCCGUGCCCGACGUCGAGCGUAACGGCUCAGACGCCGGAUUUCGCUUCACGGAAUAUGGAAGCACCACUGGAAACAUCAACUAUGAAUUAUGGGUUCUAUGCAUGAUGAUCCUCGAGCCGGUUCCCUGGGCGAUUAUUUUAACGCUGAACCUGCUUAUUAUAAAACGGGUAACCGGUAUGAACCGACAAAUGAACAUUAAGCGGGGAUCGUCUGGAAAAGAGAUUGCAAGGAAGUCAGAGACUCAGUUAACCCGUCUGCUCCUAACUGUGACCUUUACCUUCCUUGCCCUUACCGCCCCUAGAUGCAUCAUGCAGUGCUUCGUCAAGUUGAAGUCGGGUGACCACGUGGUCUUUUCAAAGGCGUUUGCGAUUGCGAAAUUAGGCGUCGUCAUCAACUCUUCGAUCAACUUUUUCCUGUAUUGUUUAAGCGGAAAACGUUUUCGAAAGGAGCUCCGAUCUGUCGUCUGUGCCCGUUUCCGUGGUGAUUUAAGAGUUUCCGAGACCAUCUCAAUGUCAGAGCGCACAUGGUCGUCUACUAUUUCAAGAACAAAGUCGACAUUGUCCGAAAAGUCAGAUUUGUUAGUUAAAUAAUAACACAAAUAGUUUAUAGUUCAAUACAGUACAGACCAUUAUAAAAAGAUCGCUAAAGUAAGCAUGAUUAUAGGUUGAUAUGUUUCCUUUAAUAACGUAAGCUAUGGAGUGGGUGAUAAUUUAAUGACAUCUACAAUGCCCUUUUAUGCAACAGUUAAUUGGAAUCUUAUCGUAAGUUUUAUGUCAAUUUAGAGCUAUCGACAAAUACUAAACACACAUGUUCAAGAUGAUAACUUGACUUACGAACUCCGGAUCUUGUCACAUAACGGAAGAAGCCGUAAUACAAAUAUUUUCACACCGAACAUAUUUUCAAACGACGGAUAUUCUUUUAAGUUAAUGACAUCUAAUCAUUUAUGAAUACAUAGAAUAAAACAUAUUUUAUUUUC